AUGGCUUUCGAAGAUACUGUUGAAGAUUUGAUCCUUGGAGAUGAAACUUCUUCUGGUAUAGGCCCCAUCCCUGUAUCCAGUGGUAACAAGGAUGAAAACUGCAGUUCAGAUAAGUUCUGGAACACCAUUUACCCUGACAGUGAAGGAGGAGUACAAAACACAUCUUUCAAUCCUCAUUUCCUACUUGUCCCUCCAUUGUUUGUGAUCCUCCACACAGACUGGAACACCGCAUUGGCUGAAUGGGGAUUGGCGUGGGACCUCCAUGUUUAUGGAUUGGGGUCACUCUUUGGCUUGGUAACAGUCAUCUCUGCAAUUGGUAUCCUCUGUCUUCCCUUCAGAUCUCCAUCAGGUCUUGGUUAUUUCAUGAUUCUCAAUGGAUUGCUUUUCCUGACAGGUUCAAUAAGAACUUUUAUUUUCCUUUACGAUGCCUACUGUUAUCAGCACAAAUUACCUACAACUGUUGCCUUACUUCUGUAUGAUUUGGUCUUCCCUUGCCUUACUUCUGCUUUUGGAGUUGUAAUCCUCAUCCUGUCAUUGAGGUCUGGGCCACAAGCAGUGACGUCACGAUUCCAGCGUUCAUGCUUCCUAACCACAAUUAUCUUUCUCCACUUCACACUCACUGUAGGCACAAUCUUGGUUAUAACUCUGCUAAAUCAAGCUCCCUUCCUCCGAUUUGUGUCACAUGGGAUCUUUGUGGUUUUGGUAACCAUUUUGUCUAUCCUAUAUUUCACAUUUUACUGUCAUGCACGUAUGGUUGGCAUGCAGGUCUACAGCACGAAAACCUCAACACCAUGCCUCGAGACUUUGAACUCUGGACCCUUCAGAGAAACAGAGCAUUGGGGAAGAGUAGCCAAAUUGGCCGUGUGGACUGCAGUUUUCAGCUUGAGCUGUGCUGCGUUACAGUUAUAUGCUAUUCUGUACCGACUAGGAUUAGCUGGAGAUCAUGUUUUCCAGCCAUGGCCUUGGUGGAUUUUCCAUUUUGGUACCAGCUUGUGUGAAGUGGGCAUGUGCCUCACCAUGUCCCUUAUUGGUAUCUAUCCAUUGUUUUGUAUCCCUAAAACAUCAGACCGUACCCACUGGAACAAAAUGUUCUGCCUUUCUCCAACUCAUGUAUCUAUGAAAGCCCCUAUCCUUUCAAACACCAAUCAAUGGUCAACUUCCCACCAGGAGAAGACAUUGAAUUGUGAUGCAAUUGUCCAAAAUGAAUCAGAAUGUGUUCCCCUCUACACCAUGCCUGACAACCAAUUGAGCAGCGGUGAGGAGAUUAACUUGAUCUAUCACAGCAGUGAGACCAGUGAAAUUAAAAAUCUGGACUUCCAUUUAAAACAUGGUGGAUCCUCCAGGACAUCUUCCUUCAUCAGUGUUCAGAUGGACAGUGAUUCCACUGUUGAUCUAAGACCCCCUUCACCUAUUAAUCUAAGACGUAGUAUAGAUGAAGCCCUUUUCAGUGAGGCCCUCAUUCCUGAAAGUCUAUUCCAUUGGUCAAGACUACACAGUUCCAGUAAUAUGUCCCUUUGUGGCAACAGGUCAAUGCCAACAAGCACCAAUGACGUCUUCAAGGAGAAUUCAGCAGAUAGAGGCCUGUAUCGGACAUCGUCUUGUGUUGGUGUGGAAAGAACAGAGAUUGCCAGAGGUAUCACCAACACCUUCAAGAAGCUCAACAUGACACAAGCCUUGACUCCAGAAAGGUGGGAGGAUAGCUCUAUCAGCUCCAUCUGCAGAACCUCACAGGAUGGAUCAUCGUUGAUGCUUUGUUCCAGACCCGAGAAGUUGGGCUUCUCAACUACUGGCUCAGAACAAAAAUCUUACAGGGACUCCUCUCCAACAAGCCUUCAUAGUAUUCACCAGUUAACGGCUUUGUCUUCUCCCGAGACCAUGGAUAGAAUUGAUACCCCAGAUUCAGCAACGCAAGUGGAGUUCAUGAAGAUUUGCAGGCAAAUUGACCAGCUGAGUAUUAGCAGUGACACAAUAGAAUUAUGAAAAAAAAAAGCAAUGCUGUUAUCAAAUGGAACUAUUUCUACACUGCAUCUUAUUUAAUAUUUGGAAAUGCUUACUGGGGAAGAAUACUGU